AAAACUGCUUUCGACUUUGCCGCCGAGACAUUUCGUUCCUCGAUUUUAAGUGAAUAUAAAUAAAUUCUAAAUAGAAAAAAUACGCAGAAGUGAAUUAAAACGCAUUCCAAGACAACGUGCAUCAAUAGUUCAAUCAAUUUCGAACAAAAUAUUAUCAAAAACCCUUAAAAAGUUCAAUUGGCACAUUUUUCUCUACGAAAACUAAAAGAAAAAAGAAAGAAAAAAAAUCAAAGAUGGCAGACAAACCAAAGCGUCCCCUCUCAGCAUAUAUGAUUUGGCUCAACAGCGCUCGCGAACAGAUCAAGAAGGAAAAUCCUGACUUCAAAGUAACAGACAUCGCAAAGAAGGGAGGUGAAUUAUGGCGUAACAUGAAGGAUAAGACCGAAUGGGAGGCCAAGGCUGCUACAGCUAAGAAACAAUACGAGUCGGACAUGAAGGACUUUGAGCGUAACGGCGGUGACAAAAAUGCAAGCACCGGGAAGAAGCGUGGAAAGGCUGUUGCCAAAAAAGCACCAGCAAAGAAAAGCAAGAAGGCUGCCGAUUCAGAGGAAGGUUCUGAAGAGGAAGAGUCUGAUUAAGCUGGAUCUCAUUUUCGCCCCAUUUCGGAGCCCCCUCCCUCUGCCCCUCCUCAUAUUCAAAACUUCAUUCACACAAAAUCUUUUUCUUUAUUUUUUACAAAAGUUAAACUUUUGUCUCUUUUAGCAGCAACAUUCAUUAUCACAAAUCGUUUAAAAGUUAAUUUUUUUGCGCUUUAUCACCUUAAAUGUUGUCGUAAAGAACUUUAAGGUGAUUUUCUUUUAGUUUUUCGAGUUGAAUGACAAAAAUAUUAUAAAUAAUAAAAACAAUAAAAUAGAACUUGGAUGAACAUUUAAAUGAAAGAUGGAAUGGAAAGGAAAAGAAAAUCUUACAAUUAUAAACUAAAGAUAAAAAAAUUACAAAAAAAAAUUAAAUAAAAUAAUUUUUAAUAAAACCAUAAAAAGGAAAUUGAAAUU